CAAGAGUGCUGGAGCGGAUUGCCAUUUCCUUCUCCAGGGGAUCUUCCCGACCCAGGAAUCGAACCUGGGUCUCCCGCAUUGCAGGCAGAUGCUUUACCGUCUGAGCCACCUGGGAAGGCCUCCCUGUCCUAGCCGGCUGCAAUGAGCCCACAUGUCCAGCAGAGGGAGGCCUUGUGCCAGCACACCCGGGCAUGCCCACACCAGCCAUCUGUGCUCUGCUCUUUACCUUCCUGUCUCUCCCUGGCAUCACCCCUAUCCCCACCUUUGGGGGGAAGAACCAAGUGCCUCAGCCCCUUCCCUAGCUUUGGGAGAAGGAGCUAGAGCUGGGGUGGGUCUUCCUAGGUCCACAGUCCCUUCUGGCAGGGCCUGGCUGUCCAAGAUACACAACUGAGGGGUGAUAGCUGCCCACCACCCCCCACCAGGAAGGGGCCAGCCUGCAUCUCAAGGGCCCGGCCUAGACCUGCUCUCCCAGGUCUGCGUCCUGUUUGAGGGGAGCUGCUCACAGGAUGAAGGUCUGUGUCAGUCUGUACCUUCAAGGGAACCUCCCAAGUAAGGAGACAGGCAGGCUUCCUGAAGCCUAUAGAAGGUCUCUUCCAGAAGGUGGGCAUUGAACACUUUCAGCUCCCAGGCUAGCAUUCCCUGAGGGCAGCAGCCAGAGCCACAAGAACAGGGCUCAGUAAAUUGCUGGCUUGAGGCCAACAGAGGAUUGGAAGGGGGGUGAAUGACUCAUUGCCUGGCUCUGGGCUUCUGCUCCCAGCAGCCUGCAGAGCCACUUUGGAGCCAGGUUCAACCAUGGUGACACGCAGGUGGCUGUCCCGUUGGGGCCUACUUGCACAACCUCUCUGAGCUGCUCCCUGCCUCAAAUCGGCACCCCACUGGCCAGGCUGAAGUGGACCAAUGGGGAACUGGCUCUGCCCUCCCUCCCUAGGACCCCCCAAGUAUGGGUCCCAGGAGGCUAGAGGUCUCUGAACACCUGCAUCAGAAGGACAGGCUUCAGUCUCCCUAUUCAGCUUCUCUUGAUGCCAGAAAGAGAGACCUUGGCUUCUCUGGGACUCUGCCCCUGGGGACUGCCCACAUCUGCUCCUGACUUUGGGGGCAGGAGGGCAAACGGCCCCAAGAAAUCUCUCCGGCAAUGGGAGCCGCCCGCUUGCUGCCCAACCUCACACUGUGCCUGCAGCUGCUGAUUCUCUGCUGUCAAACUCAGGGGGAGAAUCACCCGUCUCCUAAUUUUAACCAGUACGUGAGGGACCAGGGCGCCAUGACUGACCAGCUGAGCCGGCGGCAGAUCCGUGAGUACCAGCUCUACAGCCGGACCAGCGGCAAGCACGUGCAGGUUACCGGGCGUCGCAUCUCCGCCACCGCCGAGGACGGCAACAAGUUCGCCAAGCUCAUAGUGGAGACGGACACGUUUGGAAGCCGGGUGCGCAUCAAGGGGGCUGAGAGUGAGAAAUACAUCUGUAUGAAUAAGAGGGGCAAGCUCAUCGGAAAGCCCAGCGGGAAGAGCAAAGACUGCGUGUUCACCGAGAUCGUGCUGGAGAACAAUUACACGGCCUUCCAGAAUGCCCGGCAUGAGGGCUGGUUCAUGGCCUUCACACGGCAGGGUCGGCCCCGUCAGGCCUCCCGCAGCCGCCAGAACCAACGAGAAGCUCACUUCAUCAAGCGCCUCUACCAGGGCCAGCUGCCUUUCCCCAACCACGCCGAGAGGCAGAAGCAGUUCGAGUUCGUGGGCUCGGCCCCUACCCGCCGGACCAAGCGCACGCGGAGGCCACAGCCCCUGACGUAGUGGGGACCCGGGCUACCGCCCCUCACUCUCGGGCUUUCCCAUUCCCCUCCCUUCCUAAUCCAAAGACUGGGCUGGGGGUGGGGGCCGGGGAGCCAGAGCCCCCAAGGGGGAUGCUGAGGACCACCGAGCAUCACAGCCACCCCCCCCCACCCCACCCCCGCUGGAAAGGAGCAGGACUGCCACUAACUAGGGCGGCUCCCCGGGGCCCACGCUGGAGUCUCCCCUGAGGGUGGAGCGGGCUCCCGGGAAGGAAGGUAGAAAAGUCAGGCUCCCUGAACCGAAUGGGAAAGUCAGCGGAUUCAAGGCUCCUCAAAUUCUCCUCCCCGCGUCUCCCUCAGUCUGCCCCCAGCCUC